GGGCGGGGCCGCGACCAGCGCUCCUCACCCCGCCCGGCUCGUUCCCUCUCCCUGCCCCGCCCCGCCCCGGCCCGGCCCGUCACGGCCCCUCCUGGUUCUGGACGCUGCAGCCGCGCCCGUCUUCCCUGACCACCCCGCGGACGUGGAGCGAAGAGACGACAGCAAACUGACAUAAGAUGAGAGUGACCUUAUCUGCACUUGAUACUUCGGAGACUUCUUUCAAGCCUUUAGUAGUCUUAGAACUUGCCCAAGAUGUCAAAGAAGAGACCAGGAAGUGGUUGGAGAAAAAAAUUAAUGAUAAGAAGAGAAAUGGAGGUGCCCAGUUGCUAAUUAGACCCUUGAUAGAGAAGUGUGAAGAACAAACCUUGGAAAGUAAGAAUCUGUAUCUGGUCGGUGCCUCCACCAUCAGAUUGUUGCUUGGAGCAGAGUCUGUGGGCCUAGUGAAAGAAUGUAAUGACAGCACCAUGAGAGUCUUCACCUAUGAGACCAGGCAGAACUUCAAGGGCUUCAGCGAUGGUAAUGAUGACUUCCUUACAAUGGCAGAGUGUCAAUUUAUUGUCAAACAUGAGCUUGAAAAUCUUAGAGCCAGAGAUGAAAAAAUGAUUCCCGGCUACCCCCAGGCCAAGCUCUAUCCAGGAAAAUCAAUCUUGCGGAGAUUACUCACUUACGGCCUCGUGACUCAGAUCUUCCCACUUCAUGAUAACGAAGCUCUGAAGAAGCUCGAGAGCACUUGGUACAAUCGAUUCAAGUUGAAGUAUCAGCCUUUGGAUGGCAUCCGCAUGUACUUUGGAGAAACCAUUGCCCUUUACUUUGGUUUCUUGGAGUAUUUCACUUUUGCCUUGAUCCCAAUGGCUCUCAUUGGGCUGCCCUACUAUGCGUUUGACUGGGAGGACUACGACAAGUAUGUGAUCUUUGCCUCCUUCAACCUGAUUUGGUCAACCGUGAUCUUGGAGGUCUGGAAGCGUGGCUGUGCCCUGAUGACUUACCGGUGGGGGACGCUGCUGAUGAAGAGGCAGUUUGAAGAGCCGCGGCCAGGCUUCCACGGCGUUCUGGGCAUCAACCCCAUCACCGGCCGGGAAGAGCCGCUGUACUCCAGCUUCAAGAGGCAGCUGCGCAUCUACCUGGUCUCUUUGCCAUUCGUCUGCCUCUGCCUCUACUUCUCCCUUUAUGUUAUGAUGAUUUACUUUGAUUUGGAGACGUGGGCUCAGGAUGUGCACCGUGAAAGUAACUUUCCUGAACUGACCAACAUCCUGCUGUUUGUGCCCAGUAUCAUCUACGCCAUCGUCAUUGAGAUCAUGAACCGCCUCUAUCGAUUUGCUGCAGAGUUUUUAACCUCGUGGGAGAAUCACAGGCUGGAGUCUGCCUAUCAAAAUCAUCUCAUUCUCAAGGUGUUGGUGUUCAACUUUCUCAAUUGUUUUGCCUCACUCUUCUACAUUGCCUUUGUGAUGAAAGAUAUGAAACUGCUGCGACAGAGCUUGGCUACUCUGCUGAUCACUUCUCAGAUUCUGAACCAAAUUGUAGAAACCCUUCUUCCGUAUUGGCUCCAAAGGAAGCAUGGGUUACGGGUGAAGAAAAAGGUUCAGGCUUUAAAAGCAGAUGUGGAUGUUACUCUGUAUGAACAAAUCAUCCUGGAAAAAGAAAAAGGGACUUACCUGGGCACCUUCGAUGAUUACUUGGAGCUCUUCUUACAGUUUGGAUACGUGAGCCUUUUCUCAUGUGUCUAUCCGUUAGCAGCUGCCUUUGCUGUUCUUAACAACUUUUCUGAAAUUAAUUCAGAUGCCUUAAAAAUGUGCAAGGUCUUCAAGCGUCCAUUUGCAGAGCCUUCUUCAAAUAUUGGUGUCUGGCAGUUGGCUUUUGAGACCAUGAGUGUUAUAUCAGUGGUGACCAACUGUGCACUGAUUGGAAUGUCUCCACAAUUAAAUGCAAUGUUCCCAGAUUCCAAAACGGACCUUAUUUUGAUUGUGAUAGCAGUGGAGCAUGCCCUGUUGGCAUUGAAGUUUGUCCUGGCCUUUGUCAUCCCUGAUAAGCCACGAGAGAUCCAGGUGAAACUGGCCAAGUUGGAAUUUGAGUCUUUAGAAGCCCUCAAACAGCAGCACAUUAAACUUGUCGCUGAGUCGCUGAAGGAGGAAGAGAAGAAUGCCGCUUAGGAGAGUUUGCCCACGGACUCCCCUGGGUGCAUCCAUUCCUUAGAGUUGGCCGGUUAGCUGAUCCAUGCAGUAUUGGCUCCGAGCAGUGGAACUCCCCAGGCCUCACCUCGGCUCUGCGUCCGAGGCUCUGCCCUUGCCAGCCCACCCUAGAUUGGGCUGGGGUUUAACCAGCAGAUUGGGCUUCAGCCAGCCUUCCUCUUCCCACCUCCCAGGCUGCCCCCGGGCCCUCCCCGGCAGCCACCCCCAGCCUCAGAAUUCACUGAGGUCUUCCUGCACCCAACCCCUUCUGCCCUGCUUUGGAGGAGGGGUCACUGUGCAUCAGGGCCUGGCCUGUGGGCCGGGCCCCACACUGGCUUCUACUGUUUGGCCUGACUUCUUUCCCUGGUAGUUUGUGAUCAUUCGUUUAUCUUACUCCAGGUCUAUCGAUUUCACCUUUAGCCUGUCAGAGUCAACCACCAGCUCUGCCCACUGUCCAUCGCGAUGACUUGUGCUCUUUUGGCCCAGAGGAGCUCCUGGGAGCCUGUCUGGGCACCCCGGAGUCACUGCAGUGCAGCAGGCUGGUCGAUGAGAACAGCACGUCGCUUGGUUCUUGAGUGCACCUGCCCCGCUGCUCAUCCAGCCCGCUGGCCCCGGGGUCAGCGGUGAAUUCUGGCUGUGCCUCUUCAACACCGUACUGGUUCUCUACUGCAGUGUGUUCAUGGAUUCUUUUACUUGUUAAAAUGAUAGUAACAGAGCUAUUAAAGACAAAGAUGCAUGACUGGCU